AUGGAUUGGUCGUCUGCUAGAUUGGUUCUCCAUUACUUCGACAUCGGAAGUCUGGGCCGCGGAGAAGUUGUACGGCUAUUUCUGACAGAUGCUGGUAUCCCCUUCCAAGAUAUACGCUACCCCUAUGAUGAAAGCUGGGCUGCAACUGCUUCAAAACUUCGGGAAGACGGCAUUUCUCAGACAGGCAAGUUGCCAGUACUCGAAUAUAACGACAAAAAGUUGAGUCAGCAUAUACCGAUAUUGCGUUAUCUCUCGAGAGAAAUAGGUGACUAUGAUGGACAAACAAGUCUUGAAAAGUACCUAGUCGACGCUAUAUCGGAUAUAUACAUCGACUGGCGAACUCAAUGGGUUGCGAAUAUGAGAAAACCCACGGACGAGUACAUGAAUGAUUAUGUGCCCAAUUAUUACCAAGCACUAUCUCAAUACUAUUCUGACCGCGAGGGCCCGUUUCUUCUCGGCAACAGAAUAACCUACGCUGAUUUUGCAGUGUUCCAAUCUAUUGAUAACGAUGAGAAAAUUGGAACCCUUCCGGAGAAUCUACCACCAUCGAUAAAGAAAUUCAGACAGGCGUUUGAAAGCCGCCCUCGGGUGGAAAAGUAUCUGGCAAAUCGUCGCAAUGCCAAAGUCUGA